UUCGGAUCAUAGUGAUGAACUUUUGAACAUUUUAAAGUCCUAUUUUAUAUAGAAUGAAUUUAAAAAGUAACGAGUGGAUUAUUAUCCUGCUCUUUUAUGUGACUUUUAUAUUUUGUACUGCAAAUGCAACCAUAGAAAAAUCUCCAAAAAUUAUAACAAACGAAGGAAAUGUGAUCCUCGAAGCUGGAAUCAAUAAAAACAUCACCAUAAGCUUGAAAGGACGAUCAAGGCUACUAGUCAAUGAAUUGGAUUUAAUUGGACUGCUGGUUGGUGAGAAAUUUUGGCUAACAAACACUAGCAGUGAUUCGUCAAAUGGUGGUAUUGGUCUUCGAGUACUGCAAGAAGAUGUUGAAACUUUGAAAAAUAAACUCCUGGGAAGGAAUGGAUUAACCAACAGAUUAGGUCUUCUGUUAAAUAGAACAACUGUUUCUAAUCCUGUAAAUUUAUUGAGGAGAACUCAGCGCAGACUGACAUCUUUACAAGUCAAAGUUCAAAGUAUCAUAACAAGAUUAGCCCGUGAUAGCUGUGCAAGCAAUCCAUGUGACAAUGGCGGGACGUGUGUUCAUUUAUUUGACGAUUUUCUCUGUAAAUGCAACAAAGGCUUUGAGGGCAAAACAUGUUCAACCGAUGUAAACGAAUGCGCUCUUUUUGUCGGAACUGAUUUGGGUUGUCAAAAUGGCGCCCAAUGUAUUAACCAAUUUGGAAGUUACAGUUGCAUUUGUGCAUCAGGCUGGCAAGGAAUGCAUUGUAGUCAAAGAAAAACAGACUGUUUGCAUUCUUCAAAUACCGAACUCUGCGGCCAUGGAACUUGUGUAAAUGUAAACGAUAAUUUUGGAUAUCGCUGCAUGUGUGAACAGGGUUGGACAACGAAUGGUCUGACGCCAGCGUGUAGUGUCGAUGUUGAUGAAUGUAAACAGUACAGCAGUCCAUGUGCAACUAAAUGUAUCAAUUUGCCUGGAAGUUAUAUGUGCGCCCCAUGUGAAGCUGGCUACACUGGUAAUGGACUGUCAUGUCGGGACAUCGAUGAAUGUGCCACCGAUAAUGGAGGAUGUAGUGUUAAUCCCUUUGUUCCAUGUAUUAACAGCUAUGGAUCGUUCCAUUGUGCAGAAUGUCCUAUUGGCUGGUCAGGAGAUGGACGUGUUUGCACUAGAACUGCUGGUGCAUCAUGUACCAGAAAUAAUAUAUGUCACCCAUCAGCAUUAUGUUCAGAAGUGGGAAACUCUAUUGUGUGCUCAUGUCCUUUGGGUCAAAUUGGAAAUGGUGUUGGACCGAAUGGCUGUAGAGCAUCUGGAACUAGCCCAUGUUUAUCUAAUCCUUGUUUGAACGGAGGCACCUGCAUGGACACUGGCGAUGGCUCAUACAUCUGCGUCUGUCCUUACGGCUUUAGAGCACCAAAUUGCCAACGCAUUGCAAAUCCUUGUGUGACAAAUCCUUGUCGUAAUGGCGGAACUUGUCGACCAAAUGGAUCAAACUUUACUUGCGAUUGUGUCCAAGGUUAUGGUGGAAGAUUGUGUGCCACCCAAAGAUCCCGAUGUGGCCAGUAUAUUCGGGCCGAACAGGGAAAUUUGAAAUAUCCACUUACUGACUUAUACAACCACAACACCAAGUGCUCCUGGGUGAUUCGUACAAAUGCAACAAAAGUCCUAAAUAUAACUUUUACCAAAUUUGAUAUCGAGGAUUCCGCUGAUUGCCGAUUUGAUUGGUUGCAAAUUCAUGAUGGUCCAACAGUGGCGUCACAGUUGAUUGGUCGUUUCUGUGGAUCAACAGCCCCGAUGGGAGGUCAUAUUAUAACAACCAUGAAUAGCAUUCAUCUGUGGUUCAAGUCAGAUAAUACUACCUCCAAGGCUGGAUUUGAUCUCUUGUGGACAUCGAUAGAUCCUGUUUGCGGUGGUGUUAAGGAAUUCGAUUCGCAUGAGACAAUUGCCUCACCCGGAUCACCAGGAAACUAUCCGCGAAAUCGGGAUUGCCAAUGGCAUUUGAAGGUUCCCAAUGACAAACGGAUAAAGUUGGUGUUUUUCAGUUUGAAAAUUGAAAAACACGCAGACUGCAAUCAUGACUACCUUGAGAUCACAGAUGCAGUUUCAGGCUCAAGGCUAGAAAUAUUUUGCAAUUCAUCGAAUCCAUCUCCGUUUACAGUGCCUUCAAAUGAAAUCUUCGUACAUUUUCACUCUGAUAACGAAGGUACUGAUGUGGGUUUCCAAAUACAUGCCUCGACUGUUGAACGAAUUCCGGGAUGUGGUGGAACGUAUACGGAAAGAAGUGGUCAAAUCAUAUCUCCGAUUGGUUUUCAAGGCCAAAUGUCUUGCGAAUACACCGUCAGAUAUCCGUUGGGACUUAGAGUUCAGCUUGAUGUAUUGGAAUUUAAUAUGGGCGAUGAAGAUUGUAUUGAGAUAUUCGAUGUCAGUAGUUCGGGUGAAAAAGCUAGCACUGGAAAAUGGUGUGGAAAAGUGCAUGUUCCAAUAUUCAAAUCAGUUGCCAAUGCAGUUCAGAUAAAUUACUAUUCCAGUGGAGGAACUUUUAAAAUAGCAUAUGGAACGAUUUGUGAAUACACCUUUGAAAAUCCAACUGGCACCAUAACAUCACCAAACUAUCCCAGCCUGUAUCCGUCCAAUGAGGUGUGUGUUUAUGAAAUCAUUGGAGAACCUCAUCAAGUAGUUUCACUUGAAUUUGAAGACAUGGAUAUCGAAAGUCAUGAAGGAAUCGCAUUUUGCUGGUUUGACUACAUUAUUAUAUCUGAUGGAUCAAAUCAAACAGCAGCUGGUCCUUAUUGUGGGAAAACAAUUCCUCCAAAAAUUGUUACAAACACAAGUUUACUUCGACUAACCAUGCAUUCAGACUCGACUAAUGCUGGCAAAGGAUUUAAAGCAAAUUAUGCUCUAAUUGAUACGAGCAAAAGUUGUGGUGGACUUCUUAGAAAAUCUUCGGGAACUAUCAGGCUACCAACUGGUCAGGAAUCAGGAAACUAUAAGGAUGAUUUAACAUGUAGUUGGACGAUAAUGGCACCAGAAGGCUUUAGCAUUCAAUUGAUUUGGGAAUCGUUUAGAUUAGAGCAUUCCAGUGAUUGUCUGUAUGAUUAUGUCGAAAUAUUUGAUACCGAUCAAAUUACCUCCGAAGUUACACCAAGUCAUAGAUUUUGUGGAACCACAAUGCCACCAGCUUUAGUAAGUCACUCAAAUUUAGUGACGCUUAAAUUCACAUCAGAUUCUUCGGAUACUGAAGACGGUUUUGUAGUGAAAUAUAAUUUUGUUCAGUUUUCAAAAUUAUGUGGUGGCAAUGUUUUCUCAUCUACGGGAGAAUUGAAAUCUCUCAAUUGGCCGAAUGAGUAUCAAAACAAUUUGAAUUGUUCAUGGACAAUUUCGGUGAAGCCAGGGCAUCAAAUUGAAUUGCUUGUCAAAUCCUUCAAUUUAGAGGAAUCAGAAAAUUGUACAAAUGAUUGGUUGGAAAUAAGAAAUGGUGGCUCUAAUUCAUCGCCUUUGAUUGGAAAAUAUUGUGGACAAACUAUACCUCGCCGCAUCCCAUCAUUUACACACCAAAUUCAACUUAAAUUCAGAUCCAACUCAGAAACGGUCAGUGGUGGUUUUCGCAUUGAAUGGCAAACUGUAUCAUCUGGUUGUGGUGGAAUUUUAACAGCUGACCAUGGUUCCAUUUCAUCACCAUUCUAUCCACAAAACUACGCCAACGACGUACAAUGUGAAUGGAGAAUAAGUGUCAACAAGGGUUCAACAAUAUUAAUGGUCUUUGAUGAUCUCUCGCUGGAAUCACUUUUGGCGUGUGCAUUUGACUUUAUUGAUAUCUUCGAUGGUUCGACGCCAGAAAAACGAAAAAUCGGUCGUUACUGUGAAAAAUCAAACAGUCCUAUAACUCUCGAAACAACCGGAAGUAAUGCCUUAAUACGUUUCCAAAGUGACAGUUCUAAUUCUGAUCGUGGAUUUUAUAUAAGUUAUGUGACGAAUUGCAAUCGAGUACUGAAUACUACAUUUGGUUCGAUUGAAAGUCCAAAUUUCGGAGAUAAUAAUCCAAGCAGUGUUAAUUGCUCUUGGAUAAUUGAAGCACCAAAAGGAAGUCGAAUAGCUCUGGACUUUGCAAUAGUUGGCAGAAAAGAUAACUCCCCAAAGUUAGACUUCAUCUAUGUAAUCUAUGAAAAUAGAACAGUAACUCGAUUGUCUGAGUCAAGACGUAUUGAAUCGCUUUCGCCGAGGGUGCAAAUAGUAUUGAACAGCACAUCGAUUUACUUCAGUAUGGAAUAUGCAAUGAAAGGAUGCGUUGGGAAUUUCUAUCGGCCAACUGGGGAGUUCAAUUCACCGGGAUAUCCUAAUCCGUAUCCCGUCAAUACCGAAUGUCGGUGGCAAAUAGAAACAGAAGUGGGAAAGGCGAUUGAAUUGGUAUUUACUGAAAUUGACAUUGAGCUGUCAGUGAAUUGUACGGAAGAACACAUCGAGGUUUGGAAUACCCCUCAAAUGAGUCAUUCUAUUGGUAGGUUUUGUGGUAAAAGAAAUAACCUCACCAUUACUGGAUCCGGACACUCAAUGUAUAUUCAAUUCAGGGGCAGUUCAUUUAUAAGUGGAAGAGGUUUUAAGGCAAAAUACAAAACGGUUGAUUCGAAAUGUGGUGGAAAUUUAAUUUUACACGAGGGAACUAUUCUUUCACCAAAUUAUCCACACAAUUACGAUUCGAAUUUACAUUGUGUAUGGUACGUUGAAGUUUCUCAGCAUAGCACAAUGACAUUGACAAUUGAAGAGCUCGAUCUUGAAGAAAGUUAUCAUUGUGGAAUGGAUUCGCUUAAGAUAUACCAAGGGGCGACUGAAGAAGAUCCAUGGAAAACUUUGUGCAGUGGAAAUCUUCCGGUUGAAAAUAAAUUCCAAACUGUAUCGAACUCAGCAACGAUUGUUUUUGACACAGAUGACGAUACUGAAUUUAAAGGUUUCAAGAUAUCCUUUAAAGAAAAUUGUGGCAAACGUAUUGUUGUAAACGAAACAGGACGUAUCCGUUUUGAAAAAACUGCUCAAAAAGAAUGUUUGUGGGUAUUUGUGGCUGAAGAUGAAACGAAACAUGUGACUUUGACAAGCUCUCACGUUCGCCUCCAUCCCUGGUUUACGAUCUUGAAUAUAACUGAAGAUUGUGAUGGUGUAAUGAUAUAUGAUGGAGACUUUACAAACACAAGUUCGAUUCAUCCUAAACAAAAAUUCUGUCAUAAACAUCCGCCAGCCUUGACUUCCCUUGGUCAUGCCUUGACUAUGAAGAUUAAUACGGAUUUUAUUGAUGAACUUGACGUAUACUAUUCGAUAAUGGAUAAUAAUUGUGGUGGAAGUUUUGACUCACUACACGGCACGUUUGCAUCUCCCUUCUAUCCAACAUCUUAUCCCGUGAACAUCGAAUGUAUUUGGGAAAUUAAAGCAUCCGAAGGAAAUUGGCUUAGUUUGACAAUUCAACAAAUGGAUAUCGAAGACAGUGAAGAUUGUAAUGCUGAUUAUCUAGAAGUUAGAGAAGGUGCAAGUAAUGGUCGUCUAAUUGGUGUGUUCUGUGGAAAUGAUGUACCCAAUACUUUACUUGGAUACAAAACACUUUGGAUUAAGUUCAAAAGUGAUGAUGAUAUGGUUCGGAAAGGAUUCAUAGCCGACUAUAGUUAUGCCUUUAAUAAUGAAAUCAACGGAACUGAGGGAAUUAUAGAAUCACCUAGAUAUCCAGCAUUUUUAAUAACGUUGGCAGAUUACAGCUGGCGAAUUUCAGUGCCAAGGGGCAACUUGAUAUUGCUCUCGGUGGACUAUAUGUAUAAAACUUCCACACUUAACAACAUUAAAAUAAAGAUCUACAAUGGUUACGAUGAUCAAGCUGACUUAAUCCAACCUAGCCAAUCAAAUCUCAUAAGAUCAGACACAAAUUACCUCUUCAUCAAAGGCAGUUUGGGUCUGUUCCGUUUCCAUUGGUACAGAGUUAGCAAAGAAUUUAUGGACAGCAACAAAACUAUAAUUGAAGAAACUCCUUCAUCAUGUGCUAGUAAUAUCAUAUCAGUAGGUUCUUCAGUGUCAACAGUCCUACAGUCCCCCGGCUAUCCAGAAGGCUAUGACUCGAACCUAAACUGCAGUUGGACUCUUGUACCAAUUGAAAUUGGAAGUCAUGCCGUUGUUAAAUUCCAAAAAAUUGAUCUUGAAGACCAAGCAGACUGCAUGGCCGACAGUGUCAAUAUCUACUCUAGUACUGACAUGACAAAUUGGAAACAUUUGCAAACAAUUUGUAAACUCAAGUCAAACACUGAUUUACAAAUAGCGGGAGACAAGUUCUUGAAAGUAGUAUUUUUGACUGAUUUUGGAGUAAAUAAAACUGGUUUUUCGGCUACGGCUUCAUCGGUGUGUGGUUCGGUCUUAACAGAACCAACUGGAGUAAUCGAUGCAAGCAAAUAUAAUUCAUUUUUUGAUGUUCUUCAUUUUGAAUGCGUUUGGCAAAUACAAGUCAAGACUGGCCGUCGAAUUAAAAUUACUUUCCUAGAGUCUAAAUUUGAUCCACGGAUUGAACCAAAUGCUCCGUGUUCAACUUAUAUCUUGCUGAAGAACGGUUUCUCUGAACAUUCCCCGAAUCUUGGCAGUGGGAAAUAUUGUGACAGCAAUAUUACCGACAUUCCAAUAACAUCAUCGAAUGAAGCAUAUAUUAAACUGAAUUUCGGAAGGAUAUCAGCAAGCCCUAUUGGAAUAAAAUUCAAGUACGAAGAGGUUAUGAAUGAGUGCGUACAAAAUAUUGAACUUAACGAAAAUCAAACCUCGGUUAUUGUGCAUUCCGAAAACUAUCCGAAUAUACCACAUCCGCACACAAUGUGUGUUUGGAAUAUUCGGGCGCCAAUUCAUCGCCUUUUGGCAAUGAACUUCAUUGAACCGAUGGACUUAAAGCGAACGGAUUUUUGUGAUGCCGAAUACGUAGAAAUUAAUGACGGGCUAAGUGAACUAUCACCUGUCCUCGGACGUUUUUGUGACAAAACAACUCCGAAUACCUUGUAUUCUACAGGAAACAAUUUGAGAAUCACCUUUUUCACAGACAUUGCUGAGCCAAGUGUUGGAUUCAAAGCAAAUAUCUCACUUGGCGUAUGUGGCGGUACCUACCGGCAAAAAAAUGGAACAAUAUCAAGUCCAAAACUUAUGAGUUACUAUGUGAAAGAUAAGAAUUUCUCCUGUGAUUAUAAAAUAUCCGUGCCCUUUAGUUUUUCUGUCAACUUGACGUUGGAUAAUUUAAAUCUACCUUGGACAGAAAACUGUACCGAAGGAAAUCAUCUGAUAAUAACUCCGAUCUACGACGAUGGUGAAAACAUCGCACCCGAGCCAAUUGUACUUUGCGGAGAAAGUAAAGCUGAAAACUUUAUUUUCGACACCAAUAGCGUCCGAAUAAGCUAUCGAAUAGUAAGCAAGGAAUUUAACACGGAUGCGUUCAGUUUGUCGUACUCAUCCCUUGGACACAGAUGCAAUGAUUUAAUCGAAGCCGAGUCUGGAAUAUUAAAAUCCCCAGGGUAUUCACGCAGCCUGCAAGUCCCGAUACGUUGCAAAUGGAAGCUUAAAGUUCCUAAGGGCCGUAGAAUCAAGCUUGAGUUUUUGGAAUUCCAAAUCCAAAGCACUUUCAUCAAUUCAACAAACCACCAAAAUAGUAAUAAUUACCGAUUCCCCGGUUGGUUGUCAGUGAACAACGACUUUGAUGCUAAAUCAAACAUUGCUCGGUUUUCGAGUAGAUCCCUCCCCCCACCGUUUGUCUACUCAACUGACAAUAUAAUGAGCUUGGUCAGUAUCGAGGUACCGAGACCUCGAAAGGAAGGUUUUAAAAUACGAUUCACUUCGGACGAGGAGAGUAUCUAUUGUAAUGAGAAUUUCAACCAGAUUCGAGGUGAUGUUCAUCUCAAGGUAUCACCAAAUACAACUAUAUUUUGCCGUUAUGACAUCGAUGUCGAUCAAAAUGAGACUUUUGCCCUCAGUGUCAGUGAUAUUCAGGUGAACACUGGAAUUAUGCGGGAAUACUUCAAUUGCGUUCGAAACAGUCCUCUUACCGUUCAAGAUAUGUCAGAAUCACAAAAGAUGCAUUGGUUUUGCGGAAACAGAAAUGACAGCACUCUUCGACUGCCAUAUCCAAUUAUGUUUGACAUUUCAAGUAAUAUUUACAAUAAUCUGACAGCCUUGGACUUGACAUAUGCACGUCACAGUUGUGGCGGAGUAUUUACAAUAGGUUUUCAGUUUGCUUUGCACGAACCUCACGCUUCGUCUGUCAAUUAUGGUGUGAUGGAUUGUGCGUGGAGAGUUCUACCAAAUCCCGAUGAUCUGGAUCAGUUCGAAGUGUCACUUAGUGUGGACUUUAAAUUAAAAUGCGAUGAAGAAUAUCUGAUAUUGUACUCCGAUUCGAAAGUGAAUUCUCCUCAUUUGGGAAGAUUUUGCAACCAAGCAACAGCCACAAAUCUGGUUUCGAUAAAAAGUCUUUUCAUUGAGUACCACACGUCAAAUUACAAUCCCGGCUCGAAGUUUAAUUUGACAGCCAUACCUAGCACCGGAUGUGGUGGUGAAUUGACAUACCCAUUCCGAUUGAUCAACUUCCGCCAACAAUAUCAAAAUAAUGUUGAAUGCGUAUGGACAAUUCGAGUAAAUAAGGAAUACCACAUAGCAGUUGUUUUUAGUGGACGAUUCUUCAUUGAAUCUAGUCCUAAUUGCACCAAGGAUUAUUUACUGAUCCAAGAGCAAUCGGGAGAGGACUCUGAUGAAUGGAGAGAUGUUCAAAGAAUAUGUGGCCGUACACCGCCGACAUUUGUUAACACAUCUACAAACAGUAUGCGUCUCAUAUUCCGAUCAGAUGAAAGCGGACUCGGUGAUGGAUUCACAGCAAAUUUCACACGCAACUGUGGCGGUAAUUUCUUUGCUAGCCAAGAUUUGCAACUACUAUCUAGUCCAAACUAUCCAUUGCAGUAUGAUUCUAAUUUACAUUGCAAUUACACUAUUCACCCUUCCAAGCCGGACACAAAUUUCUUGGUUCAGUUUAAGGAUUUUGUUUUGGAGAGUUCUCCAAUGGACGGAUGCUUUUAUGACAAACUAACUGUUUACGUUGAUUCAGAAGAACCACGUGAACUUUGUGGAACUAAGGAUCAAUUGGAGUUCCGUUCAAACAAACCCAUCUCGUUGGUUUUUGAAUCUGAUAGGUCAUUUAAUCGCAAAGGAUUCCAGCUUCAAUUUGGUGAACAAGUAUGUGGUGGCAAAAUAACAUCCAACACGGUGAUUUCAACACCAAAGCUUAAAUCAAACAACCAAUAUCCACCAAGUGCCGUGUGUGUUUGGAAUAUCACAGCACCUCCAGACUCAAAGAUCGUUGUUAAGUUCGAAAGAUUCGAGUUCGAAGGAUCUUACGCAUGCAAUUAUGAUUACGUUGAAGUGUUCUCUGGCAAACUGCCUGUCGAAGACCAAAGACUCGCAAAACUUUGUGGUAAUUUGACAGGAGCACUGCCACAUCUGUCAAUCAAAUCAAACAUGGCGACAAUUCGAAGUGUGUCCGAUCAAACCGAACCUUCAAUAGGAUUCGUUGCAAUUAUAACUUUCGUAAAAGAUUGUGACAGAAAUAUAACUGUGAAGGACUUAUCCGAAACAUAUACCUUGGAUACAUUCGCCAAUGGAUAUGAAAAUAAUUUGAAUUGUGAGAUCGUGUUCACCACAGAUCCAGGUCGUCAGUUAGUGUUGGAGUUCAAAAGCUUCCACACCGAAGAGUCACCGGAUUGCGAUCAGGACUAUGUUUUAGUUCGUGAUGGUGGUGGACCGUUUGCUGAUGAAAUUGGAAAGUUUUGUGGUCACUUAGUACCCAAUUCAUUGAUGUCCUCCAGGUCGAGUAUGUUUUUGAACUUCGUAACCGAUUCUUCGGAUACUAGUAGCGGAUUUUUAGCAACUGUCAAAGCCAUUCCACUUGCUUGUGGAGCCCAUGAAUUAUUCAUACAACCAAAUAAGAGUGUCGUCAUAGCUAUGGGCGGUGAUGGAAACUAUCUUCCUAAUCUUAAUUGUUUUUGGCGCGUAAGAAGCGAUAGUAACAUUAGAUUGGAUUUCGAAAAAAUUGACAUUCAAGGUCCAAAUUCUAAUGGAACUUGUACAACGGAUUAUUUAAAAAUCUACAGCAAACAGCAGUAUUCAGUUAUUGAAACUGUCCUUGGAUCAGACAUUGUAUUUAAUGGGCAUAUGGGACAACCAUACACAAAUUUAUACGAUAAUACGGAUAGCGAACAUGUUUUUUGUGGACAAGGUGCUCCUGAGGGUUACUUUACCAAUAAUCAAGAAGUUAUUAUAAAAUUUUUCAGCGAUGGCACAAUCGAAAAGUCUGGGUUUAAAAUCACAGCUACAACUUCAUUUGGAUGUUUUAAAAACUACACUUCGACUCAGGGACGAAUUUUAAUGGAAACAUCUGCUGAUUGUAACAUUUAUAUCAAUGCUCCAAAAGAUUAUGCCAUAACGAUAUAUUUCAACUAUUUGUUACUAUUUUUCGGAAUAGAUAAUGAUUGCAAUUCGGAAUACAUAGAGAUUUUCGACGAACAAAAUAAUUCGAAGCCAGAAAAGUCUCUUCGAAAAUUGUGCGGCUCUGUCGAUCCAUCCAACAGUGUAUUUUCGAAUUCAAGCAAACUCCGAAUAAAAUUAUCGCAAAGUGGAAUUUUCAACAAUUAUGAUAUGACAUUCUUGGCAAGCGACAAAGGUCCAGGUUGCGGAGGAGAUCUUUACAAUUAUGCUGGAGUUAUAACGAGUCCAUUUUAUCCAGAAAAUGCAAGAAACAAUUCAGUUUGCCAAUGGAAUAUUAGAGUUCCAAAUAAUAUGGUCGUUUCGUUGGAGUUCAAAGUGUUCGAUAUGGGAUCCAAGGUGACAUGUCGUUCAGAUUACCUACAAAUUUUAGAACGAAAACCUUCAAAUAAUCAAGUCCUAGAAGUUAUGCGCAGGUUUUGUGGAGAAGACACACCAACUGUUUAUAUUGGCCGUCAAAACGUGUUGUCCAUACGUUUCUACAAAACCGUUAAUUUCGAUGGAACUGGAUGGGUUAUUCGAUUUUCUGGCGUUCGUGAGAGGUUCUCUUUGAUUUAAUCUUAAAAUGUUUAAGUGUAAUUAAGAUAAAAAAUUUAACUGAAAUAAUAUCUAAAUUAUGUUACUUUUCAUAAAUUAAGAAUAAAUUAAUUACUUAAAUAAAGUUCCAUCCAUUUUGA